UGGUACUUCAACACCUCUCUCUCUCUUCAUUGCUGCAGUGAAUUGGAAAAGUCACUCCGUGCGCGCUGUCAGAGUCCAAGCAUAACGAUAGCGGAUCAUUUUAACAUGAUGGGAUUUAACCGAAAACAUACGGAGCUCUGCAAUUAACAACACGCUGGUGGGAUAUCAAAGGAGUUUACCAUGCAGCGAACAACAAUCUGUUUGUGGAAUAACACUUUCGAGAGAUUGACGAAAAGUUUACAAAUCUGAAUGAGAUUGUAGAAGCAACAUGCUAAAGUAUGUCAAUUAUACCGGUAUGCAAAGAGAAAAGCUCGGGUUUUAGAGCAAGUCAUCUUUUCUGGGCGUUACGAGACCUCCACACCAUUUCCUGAGAGAGAAUGAAAAUAAGAUUUGCCUUUCCAAGCAGACUGCGGAAGAAGAAUUUCAUUUCUUCUUUAUCAUUGCUGCUGGUGAUCUGUGCCUUCUUGCUGCUCUUCCUAAAGUUCACUGUUAAAUACAGCAUUACCAUUGAAACCUAUGGGUCUACCGCAGGCUACAAUGACGUUGAGCUGCUCCAUCGCUACAACAUUGACUGCAAUGCCAUCUAUGAAAUGGAGCCGGCCGAGUUGGGGAAGUCGCUGGUCAUCAGAAAACAGGUGGUGGUGGAAGAGCAGGACAAGAGCUUGGUCAACCUGAUCUCCAAUUGCCCGCGAUACCUCCGCUCCCGGGGCUAUGGGGAUGUCCAAGUGUCUGAGGAGGAGCAGGCCUUCCCCCUGGCCUACUCACUGGUGGUCCACAAGUCUGCCUCCAUGGUGGAGAAGAUCCUCAGGGCUGUCUACACCCCUAACAACAUCUACUGUAUCCACUACGACCUGAAGUCAUCAGAACUGUUCAGAGAGUCCAUGGAGGGUCUGGCACGCUGUCUACCCAACGUCUUCAUCGCCUCUAAGCUGGAGGCAGUGACGUACGCCAGCAUCAGCCGCCUCAAUGCUGACCUCAACUGCCUGUCUGACCUUAUAGGAUCAAAGGUCAAGUGGAAGUAUGUCAUCAACCUGUGCGGUCAGGACUUUCCCCUGCGCUCCAACAUAGAGCUGGUGGCUGACCUGAAGAAGCUCCGGGGGGGUAACAUGAUGGAGACAAGUCGCCCCAGCGAAUACAAAAAGCAGCGCUUCUCCUUCCACCACGAGCUGCAGAACGCGUCAUUCGAGUACCACCGGCUGCCGGUGAAAACCAACAAGGCCAAGGGGCCUCCGCCGCACGGCAUACAGAUGUUCAUCGGCAGCGCGUACUUCGUGCUCUCGCUGGAGUUCGUCACUUAUAUGAACAAGUCUGCACUGGCCAGGGACUUCCUGAUGUGGUCAAAUGACACCUACUCCCCAGACGAACACUUCUGGGCCACGCUGACACGAGUGCCGGGCGUGCCAGGUGAGGUGCCACGGGCCCAGGCCGACAUCACAGACCUGAUGAGCAAGACCAGGCUGGUGAAGUGGAACUACCUGGAGGGACCGCUUUACCCAUCAUGCACAGGGAAACACGUCCGCAGUGUGUGUAUCUAUGGGGCGGGGGAGCUGCGCUGGCUACUGAACUACGGCAGCUGGUUCGCUAAUAAGGUGGACGCCAAAGUUGACCCGGUCCUUAUCCAAUGUCUUGAGGAUAAAUUACAGGAGAAACAGAGACUCUUGGUCAAGGCUAUGAAGUCACAACAAAAGAUUCCCUCCUCUGUGUUAGCAGUUGAUUUUAUUCUUCAAUAAUACAAACUCCAAAGCAAAUCAGGGGGAGAAAAUGUUAUUUAUUUGAGAAAGACAAAUCAUAGAUGUUAUGCUGGGAUGCUCUCGUCCUCUCAUCCUCUGCGCUGUGUAUUUAUUUUCAAAAUAUUCUUAUACCUGGAAAAGGUUAAAUAAAUGGAUGAUUGAUUAUUAAUGGGUUAAUUCAUGUGGGAAUAUGGAACCUUUGUAAUGCUGUUUUUGACAGCACCAUUUUGGUAUUAUUAAAGACUUUUGUCUGAGUUGAUCAUGUCCGAAACUCAAAUGAUGUGACAGUGCUUUAUGGUAUUUAUGAUAGUGGAAUGCUGGAUGAGAUAGUGGAAUGCUGGAUGAGAUAGUAGAAUGCUGGAUGAGAUAGACUUGGCUAUCUAUGUUAGGGUUAUUCUCUCGUUUUGCAACUUGAGACUUGAAGUGGGGAAUGUUUGUGAUAGUCUGACCUUUAUGUAAUAUGGAUUAGGUUAACCAGGGCCUUGGCUCCCCAGGUGAAAGCAUGUGAAAACCAGCGUAUGAUGACUACAGUAUGUAUUCUGACUUCAGAAAAUAUUCACAUCCCUUGACAUUUUCCAGAAUUUGUUGUGUUACAUCCUGAAUUUAAAAUAGAUUGCAUUGAGAUUUUGUGUCACUGGCCUAUACACAAUACCCCAUAAUAUCAAUGAAUGUUUUUAUAAAUAUUAAUUUACAUAAGUAUUCACACCCCUGAGUCAUACAUGUAAGGAUCACCUUUGACGGCAAUUAUAGCCGUUACUCUUUCUAGGUAAGUAUCUAAGAGCUUUGCACACCUUGAUUGUAUACUAUUUGUAAAAAAAAAAAAUCAAAAUUCUUCAAGCUCUGUCAAAUUGUUUGAUCAUUGAUAGACAACCAUUUUCAAGUCUUGCCAUAGACUUUCAAGUAGAUUUAUAAGUCAAAACUGUAAAUCGGCCACUCAGGAACAUUCACUAUCUUCUUGGUAAGCAACUCCAGUGUAGAUUUGGCCUUUUGUUUUGGGUUAUUGUCCUGCUGAAAGGUGAUUUCAUCUCCCAGUGUCUGGUGGAAAGCAGACUGAGAAAGUUUUUCCUGUAGGAUUAUGCCAUUCUGUUUCUUUUUUAUCCUGAAAAAGUCCCCAGUCCUUAACGCUUGAAAAUAUGGAGAGUCGUACUCAGUUAUGUGUUUUGCGCCAAACAUAACACUUUUUUAUUAAGGACAAAAAGUGAAUUACUUUGCCACAUGUUUUCAGUAUUACUUUAGUGCCUUGUUGCAAACAGGAUGCAUGUCUUGGAAUAGGUUUAUUCUGUACAGGCUUCCUUCAUUUCACUCUGUCAAUUAGGUAAGUGGUGUGGAGUAGCUACAAUGUUGUUGAUCCAGCCUCAGUUUUCUCUUAUCAAAGCUAUUCAACUCUGUAACUGUUUUAAAGUCACCAUUUACCUCAUGGUGAAAUCCCUGAGCAGUUUCCUUCGUCUCCGGCAACUGAAUUAGUAAGGACGCUUGCAUCUUUUUACUGACUGGGUGUACUGAUACACCAUCCAAAGUGUAAUUAAUAACUUCACCAUACUCAAAUGAAUAUUCAAUGUCAGACCUUUUUUAUUUUGACCCUCCACCAAUAGGUACCCUUCUUUGCGAGGUAUUGGAAAACCUUGCUGGUCUUUGUGGCUGAAUCUGUGUUUGAAAUUCACUGCUCGACUGAGGGAUGUUACAGAUAAUUGUAUUUGUGGGGUACAGAGAUGAGGUAGUCAUUCAUAAAUCAUGGGAAACACUAUUAUUGCACACAGAGUGGGUCCAUUCAACUUAUUAUGUGACUUGUUAAGCACAUUUUUACUCCUGAACCUAUGUAAGCUUGACAUAACAAAGGAGUUGAACACUCAUUUAAGACAUUUCAGUUUUUAAAUGAGAAAGUGAGAGUUGUAUGAAUCAGUUCAUUAGUCCAGACAUGAAGGGCUUUCAGACUUUAUGGCAUUCCCAGAAAGCAUGCAUUAUUGAGGCAUUAUUUAUUUUACACUUAUGACAUGAUUCUGCCGUUGUGCUGUAGAAUUUGUGAAUUUUGAAACUUGUAAAAUGAUUGUAUACGUUAGUUUAUACUGGAUUAAGCAUAUAGUUUCGUUAACUGUCAUUUUGUUAGCUAUGCUACAACUUUCCCUCCAUCUUGUGCCAACAUCAGUUCUUUUUAAGUCUUGGUUCCAAUAGUAAAAACAAUUUUCUGAGAGAGUUCUCAAUUGGAUAUGCUCUCUGCAGUGUUUUGUAUGUGAACAUCAUUUUCUGACUCAAAUAAGAUUCCCUUAAGGUUGCUCUGAUCUCCAAAAUAUGCAUGUAUUCCAAAAUGACUUUGUAAUUCUGUCAUGGAAAUAAACAUAUUUCCUGUUACCAAGUCA